AUGGUACUAAAGGAUUUGACCAGUAACUUCAUUCGCUGCAGAAUCGGGAACGGCCUAAAAGCGCACUUUUGGCAUGAUAAUUGGACAGACUUAGGACCGCUUAUCAAGUAUGUUGGGAAUGAUGGGCCAAGACUGCUGAGAAUUCCUCUAAAUGGGCAUGUAAUAGAGGCCACGAGGGAGGGAAACUGGUUCUUACCGGGAGCUAGGUCGCAGCGAAUUCAAGAGCUGCAAAUCAAGCUCUUGGGUAUCCCAGCGCCUAGUCAAGAACGUGGGCAGGACAUUUUUGAGUGGAAAAGUGCAACUAACGUCUUCUCCGACAAGUUCUCCACAGCAGCUACAUGGAGACUGUUAAGGAAUGUUGGGCAAAGAUUGGAAUGGUCAUCUAUGGUCUGGUUUAAACAGGCAGUACCGCGACAAGCAUUCACCCACUGGAUGAUUAUGCAGGAACGCCUACCAACACGGGACAGACUGCGCAGAUGGAACCUCAUACAAGAUGCGACUUGCAAACUUUGUGGUGAGGAGGAGGAGUCACACCGACACCUAUUCUUCCGAUGUUCGUAUAGCUCAGAGGUAUGGACAAACUGGGCAGGGAAAUUGUGGAACAAUCCCCCGGAUGACUUGUAUAGGUGCCAAGCUUGGAUAGCGAGCAUCCCCCAAACUGAAGAACGUAUGAUGAGGACCGGAACCCUGAUCAAAGCACUCAUACAACACAAGGUAUAUGCACUUUGGAGGGAGCGGAACUGUCGAAGUUUCAACAGCACAGCACAAACUCCGAACAUCUUGCGAGCUCAAGUAGAUCAAUCGAUGAGAAGCACUCUCCUUUCACUCCAACAAGGAUUCGAAUCUGCGGACAAUACAUUACUGCAGAAAUGGUAUUUUUACACUCUUCCCAACCUAAAUGAGGAAUAG